AGGCGCGGCGCCAUGUUGCCGGAGCGGGCUGGGGGGAGGUGGUGAGAGCUCUGGUGUCGGGUUCUCUCUCCCACUCCCCCCCCCCCCCGGCUUGGGGGGCCGCGGCCGAGCGGGGCCUUGCCCUGGCACCAUGAGCGGUGGCGGAGGCGGCGGGCGGGUGUGCGACCUGUCUCGGCGCAACCCCCAGGAGGACUUCGAGCUCAUCCAGCGCAUCGGCAGCGGCACCUACGGCGACGUCUACAAGGCUCGAAAUGUCAACACUGGUGAGCUAGCAGCAAUUAAAGUAAUAAAACUAGAACCAGGAGAAGAUUUUGCUGUUGUGCAGCAGGAAAUCAUUAUGAUGAAAGACUGUAAACAUCCAAACAUUGUUGCUUAUUUUGGCAGCUAUCUCAGACGAGACAAGCUAUGGAUUUGCAUGGAGUUUUGUGGAGGUGGCUCUCUACAGGAUAUUUAUCAUGUGACUGGACCACUUUCAGAACAGCAGAUUGCCUAUGUUAGCAGAGAAACACUACAGGGACUGUAUUAUCUUCACAGUAAAGGAAAAAUGCACAGAGAUAUCAAGGGAGCAAACAUCCUUUUAACGGAUAAUGGACAUGUAAAAUUAGCUGAUUUUGGAGUAUCUGCACAGAUAACAGCUACAAUUGCCAAAAGGAAGUCAUUCAUUGGCACCCCAUAUUGGAUGGCACCAGAAGUUGCUGCAGUAGAAAGAAAAGGUGGCUAUAACCAACUCUGUGAUCUGUGGGCAGUUGGAAUAACUGCUAUAGAGCUUGCUGAACUUCAACCUCCAAUGUUUGACCUACAUCCAAUGAGAGCGCUUUUUCUAAUGACAAAAAGCAACUUCCAGCCUCCUAAAUUAAAGGACAAAAUGAAAUGGUCCAAUAGUUUCCAUCAUUUUGUGAAAAUGGCACUUACAAAAAAUCCUAAAAAAAGACCUACAGCUGAAAAGCUACUACAGCAUCCUUUUGUUACCCAACCAUUAAAUCGAAGUCUUGCUAUUGAACUUUUGGAUAAAAUGAAUAAUCCUGAUCAUUCUACUUACCAUGAUUUUGAUGAUGAUGAUCCUGAGCCUCUUGUAGUGCCUCAUAGAAUUCAUUCGACAAGUAGAAACGUGAGAGAAGAAAAGACACGCUCUGAAAUAAACUUUGGUCAAGUAAAAUUUGAUCCACCCUUGAGGAAAGAGACAGAGCCACAUCAUGAAUUCCCUGACAGUAGCGAUUUUUUGGACAAUUCAGAAGAAAUAUACUACACUGCAAGAUCUAACCUGGAUCUACAGCUAGAAGAAUAUGGUCAUGGUCCUCACUGUGGCUACUUCUUGGGUGCAAAUAAGAGUCUCUUAAAAUCAGUUGAAGAAGAACUGCAUCAGCGGGGUCAUGUGGCACAUUUAGAAGAUGAUGAUGAUGCCGACGAUGAUGCUAAACAUGCUACUAUGAAACCUAAAGUGCCACCUCCUUUACCCCCAAAGCCUAAAUCCAUCUUUAUCCCCCAAGAAACUCAUCCUUCUGAAAAUGAUAAUCAAGGGACAAUCAAGAGAUGCCCAACAUCAGAGAGUCCAGCAAAAUCUGCAUCUCAGGUUCCACCCAGACCGCCACCUCCUCGGUUACCUCCACAGAAAUCUAAUGCUUUAGGUAAUGGAGUCACUUCUGUACAAUUAAAUGGUGAAAGAGAGGGAUUACCACAUCAACAGAAUGAAGCUAGAGACACUAAUUUUUCAAGGAAAGAAAAGAAGGAAAUACUGAAACCAAUUAGUAAUGGCCUUCCUCCCACACCUAAAGUACACAUGGGUGCUUGCUUUUCAAAGGUUUUCAAUGGCUGUCCAUUAAAAAUUCAUUGUGCAACAUCAUGGAUAAAUCCAGAUACAAGAGAUCAGUACUUGAUAUUUGGUGCAGAAGAAGGUAUUUACACACUGAACCUCAAUGAACUUCAUGAAACAUCAAUGGAGCAGCUAUUUCCUCGAAGGUGUACGUGGUUAUAUGUCAUGAACAAUUGCUUGUUAUCAAUAUCUGGUAAAGCUUCUCAGCUUUAUUCCCAUAAUCUACCAGGACUCUUUGAUUAUGCAAGGCAAAUGCAAAAGUUACCCGUUGCUAUUCCAGCACAUAAACUCCCCGACCGAAUACUUCCCAGGAAGUUUGCAGUGUCUACAAAAAUUCCUGAUACUAAAUGGUGUCAGAAGUGUUGUGUUGUGAGGAAUCCCUACACAGGCCACAAGUACCUUUGUGGAGCACUACAGUCUAGCAUUGUUUUGUUAGAAUGGGUUGAACCAAUGCAAAAAUUUAUGUUAAUCAAGCACAUAGAUUUUCCUGUACCUUGUCCGCUGAGAUUGUUUGAAAUGCUGGUAGUCCCUGAGCAGGAAUUCCCUUUAGUUUGUGUUGGUGUCAGCAGAGGAAAAGACUUCAACCAGGUGGUAAAGUUUGAGACUGUCAACCCAAAUUCUACCUCUUCGUGGUUUACAGAAACAGACACUACAGAGACAAGUGUUGUACAUGUAACACAGCUGGAGAGGGAUACCAUUUUGGUGUGUUUGGAUUGCUGCAUAAAAAUAGUGAAUCUGCAAGGCAGGUUAAAAUCCAGCCGCAAACUGUCAUCGGAGCUCACGUUUGACUUUCAGAUUGAAUCAAUAGUCUGUCUACAAGACAGCGUGUUAGCAUUCUGGAAACACGGCAUGCAAGGAAGGAGUUUUCGAUCAAAUGAGAUCACACAAGAAAUUUCUGAUAAUACGAGGAUAUUCAGGCUUCUGGGAUCUGACAGGGUCGUGGUCCUGGAGAGUAGGCCGACGGAUAACCCAACAGCCAACAGCAAUUUGUAUAUCCUGGCAGGGCAUGAGAACAGUUACUGAGAACAGCGUGUGGAAGGCAGCUGACCGUGACAAGAGAACGCUCCUACUGCAGCAGCAUUCAUGGCUGGCUGAAAUUGCACAAAAGCUGCAGUAACCCCACUUCAGUUACUUUAUAAUUUAUUGUGGCAUAAGAGGAAGAUGAGAAUUGUUUGUGGUAUGGACACAUAAGCAUUAUGAUACCACAGAAGUGCUUAAUUUACUGUUAUGUAAUCUUUGUACAUAUGCAGUAUUUUUCAGUGAAACUUCUUGCUGAAGACCUACGCUGACCUUCUGUAGAUAGCAGUCCUCCUGUUAAGUACAAGUGUCUUACCUGUACAGAUGUAAAAGUCACUGAGGAUGCAAAAAUGAAAUCGGGGUACUAUUUUAAGGACUUCUCGUGUUUAUUAUAAAGUGGGAUGCUAGCAACAAAUAUAGUACAUUUAACAACACUAUUGUAUUUUAUUAUAUGUAAUUUACUAAUACAAGUAAAUCUUAACUUUUAGAAAUCGUAACCAAGGCUGUAAUCAGAUUACAAUCUUGUUUUAAUUUUGAUGCAACACACUGGUGUUCAUGUUUGCACAACGUAUUGAGAUGUGAUGUAUUUAGUCACAAAGGUAAGCUGUGACUUUGUGGAUAUGACUUGGGCUUCAAAGUUUCUUUUUUUAGUUUACUUGGGUAGUUUUCUUUGUGAAACAAACCAGCUAAACACCUGUAUUUUUAUAUUUAAUUAAAACUCUCCUUACGAUUA